AUGGACUUCCGUUUCUCCACUUUCGCGGAUCCGUCCACUUACGACAAUGAAGGGCUCUGCAACACCCCCAUGCGUCUGCAUCAGAGCGGCGAACUCGAGGAGCGAGGCAUCAUCCAAGCCCAGCGAGACUGGCGAGAGCAUGUCGGCCCACUGGACUUCUACAGAUGUACCAUGGGAAGAUGGAACUACAUGACCUGCACGCUGCCCGAGUGUCUGCCUGACAGGCUGGAGAUCAUCUCAUACGCCAAUGAGAUCUCCUUCAUCUAUGACGACUUGGUGGAUACUGCAGGCAAACAAGAGAAGCUCAGCACCGGCACCAUCGCGUACAACUCCGCUGGCAAGCGGAUGUUGCAAGCCAAGAUUCUAAAGGGCAUGCUGAAAAUCGAUCGACCAAGAGCCUUGGUUGCCAUGGAGGCCUGGGCAGAGUACUUGGAAUCGUCUGGCCGCAACCACCAUAAGCAAUUCGACGGCCUCGAUGACUUUUUAGAGCACAGAGCGAGGGAUGCGGGAGAGAAGUUCGUUUUCGCAAUUGUCACAUUCGGCAUGGGACUGAUCAUUGGCAAAGAAGAGCACGAAACCCUUCACGAAAUGUGCCGCCCUUGCUUUGCCCACCUCACCUUAGUCAAUGACCUGUACUCGUACGAAGAGGAGUCUGAGGCGGCAGUGGCCAAUGGAGACCCCGGAUGGCUCAAUGCGCUGAAUGUUAUCAUGCGAGAGCAUUCAGUCAAUGUUGACGAAGCGAAGCUGAUCUGCUCGCGGCAGAUCAAGAAAGCUGCGUCGGAGUUCUCCGCCGUCAUAACAGGUGCCAAGGAUCGCGACGACCUGUCCCUGGGUUUGCGGCGCUAUCUCGAAGCCCUGCAGUACGGUAUGACUGGCAACCUGGCGUGGUCCAUGACCUGCCCGCGGUACCACAACAACAUCCCCUACACUGGGCGGCAACUCGCUUUGAUGAGGGAUGGAGCGAUAAACUUGGGUGAUAAGGACAGAGCCGCUGCACCGUCUGUGUCCCACAAAAGAAAAAGGGGCGAGGACGAGCCUAAGAUGGACAUGGCCUCAAAGGAGAGACCCUGUCUUCCAACACCAUCUGACUCCGCGGAUGGCAAAACUGGCAACAUGGCAAUCGGCCUGGACGAGGUCCUUGCGUCCCAAGUCUUGCCGGCCCUCGAUGCUUCGAUCGUCGACAACCCAAUGACGUACAUCGGGUCUCUGCCGUCGAGAAAUGUCAAGGGUAAGAUUAUCGACGCACUGAACGUCUGGUUCAAGGUCCCCCGAAAGACUGUGGCAACUCUGAAGCGACUGGUGGGACUGCUGCACGCAUAUUCACUCAUGCUCGAUGACAUGGAGGACUCCUCGAGCCUGCGGAGGGGGAUGCCUUCGGUGCACCCCAUCUACGGGCAUGCGCAGACCAUCAACUCUGCAGGUUACGGCACUUACCAGGCUCUCGCAGAGGUUGCGACUCUCGGCAACCCCUGCUGUGUUCAGAUCUUCAUAGAGGAGAUGAGAAACGCCUACAUUGGCCAGAGCUGGAACUUGCAUUGGACCGCCAAUAUCGUAUGUUCCACGUUUCCGGAGUACCUCCGCAUGAUCGACGACAAGACAGGCGGCCUGUUCAGGCUCCUGGCCAGAAUGAUGGCUGCCGAGUCGAAGUGCCCAAGCAAACCAGACGUGACCAGGCUUGUCAUCCUCGUCGGCCGGUACUUCCAGAUCAGAGACGACUAUCAGAAUCUGAAUGGUGCCGAU